GGAUCUGACCGAGCAAGAUCACUGCUCAGUUAGGAUUGCAGCCGUGCAAUUGUGAAAUACGGGGUCGCUUAGUUAGAAUUGCACCAGCGCGGUUGUAAGUUUCACUCACUCAGUUCCUAAAUGCCUGCUCAGUUGUCUUUACGCCCUCAUAAAAUAUCGACAACUAGUUCACAUUUUGACUGGUUAGACUUUUUAAUUUACUUGUAAUGCUACAAACUGUAUAAUCACAGGAGAAAUGCGCGGUCUCGGAUUCUGUCAAGGCUGAAGGAGAGCUGAAAAUUCUUUCAGUGUCACGCGCAUGGAACGAAGCUAGAUGACCCAUCAAGCGCGCGGUCCUCACAGUCACACGGCUGCUUGCGUCACAUUCGGCAAGCGCGCUCUCACAGAGCUGAAAGAAGGAGGAGCAGAAACGCUGCUUCGCGGGUUAUUUUCCCUUACAUUGCGAUCUAAUAUGUGUGCGCGCGUGAAAGCUCUGCCCAGCUUCUUCUUUGGCUCGUGCGUGUGAGGGUCACGCGGUGAAAGAGCGUGUUUUUCCAGGUGCUAAAUUGAAUGUUUGCUCAGCAUCCUCUCACCAUCCACCCACGGUCAUGCGUCACGCGGAGCGAGAUAUGAAGACUGCGCCGUAAGCAGCACCGCACACGCGGAUGGAGGUACUGGGACGCCACGGCAGGCCGUCAGCACAGCACACCCCUCGCCGGGGCCGAGGAGCUGAUCGGACCCAGCGUAUCAUCCGCAUCCAGCCGCUUAUCUUGGAGGUGCACAGCGGGUAGGAGGGGGACCUCCGGAACAGAGAAGAAGACCCUCACGGAUUAAUCCGCACCCACCCACUCUCAUGGAUCUGAAGAGAGUGCUAUCGUUCCCUCCAUACCCCGGGGAUUACCUGCAUCCAGUGGUGUAUGCAUGCACGGCAGUCAUGCUACUCUGUUUGCUUGUCUCCAUCAUGACAUACAUCGUUAAUCACAGCGUGAUCCACAUCAGCAGGAAAGGCUGGCACACGCUCCUUAACUUCUUCUUUCACGCCGGACUAACGUUUGGAGUUUUUGCCAGUGGCAUCAAUCAGAUCAACGUGCCGUUUACUUGUCAGAUUGUCGGAAUCGUUCUUCAUUAUGCCUCCUUGUCCACCAUGCUGUGGCUGACAUGUAUGGCCAGAAAUGUUUUUGGUGACGUCUCUAAAGACCCAUUCAGGGCCCCGGACAAAAACGGACCGACCCAAACACGGGGCAAGCCAACCAUCUUGAGAUUUUAUCUCGUGAGCGAUGGCAUCCCGCUCAUAAUCGUUGGCGUCACUGCAGGCUUUGAUUUGGAGAACUACGGCAGCAGAGACGGGGCUUUGUACUGCUGGAUGGCAUGGAAACCCAGUCUGGGGGGCUUCUAUGCCCCUGUGGGUCUUCUGGUCUUGGUCAUGUGCAUCUACUUCCUGUGCACCCACAUUCAGCUGAAGCGCCACCCGGAGAGGAAGUAUGAGCUGCGAGUGGUGAGCGAGGAGCAGCAGCAGCUGUCGGUCGCCGAGCCAAACCAUCACUGCCACCCUGACGGUGGGGGGGCGUCCUCAGAGAGUCAACCAUUCUCUGCUGGGGUUUCAGUGUUGGCCAAUGAGCAUUCCUUCAAAUCACAGCUCCGAGCCACGGCCUUCACCUUGCUUCUCUUUCUGGCCACUUGGGCUCUGGGGGCGCUUGCAGUUUCUCUGGGACAUUUCCUUGAUAUGAUCUUCAGCUGCCUAUAUGGGGCGUUUUGUGUCACCCUGGGGCUCUUCCUCCUCAUUCAGCACUGCGCCAAACGUGACGAUGUGUGGAACCGGUGGUGGGGCUGCUGCCUGUCCAGGUCCAAGAUCAAAAACAAGAACUGUGAGAGCCAGAGGCAGGAGCACCAACACUUGGCUUCCCCCUCCUUAGCCAAGCAGUCAUCACUGUCCCCGCACCUUCUACAAGGCCCUUAUGAUAAGAUGACCCCUCCACUUCAGAGCCCGCUUCCCUCUAACUCUGGUCCCUGUUGCGUGGCGGUCAUGAGUCCCAUGUCUCCGACCCUCCCUCUUGAUGACUCUGUGCCAUCACCUCUUCCACUUCCCAACAGUCUUCCUCAUCCAGCUCUUCCUCUGCAGAGCUGCCUUACUGACAGAGCAAAGUCUCGCUCCUUCAAUUGCCCCCGGCCCUGCCUCCAGGAUUAUCGCUCACACAUGGCUUCACUCAGCAUGGAUGGAAGCAUUCACAGCCCCCACUCUGCACAGCACCCGCAGGGCUUUCCGCUGGUGUCCAACUGCCCACAGCCAGACCUCCAGCUCCCCUGCCUAAGCCCCCACCUAGACAAACAGCAGGCUUCCUUGCAGCGCCAGACCUCCUGCCUCAGCGUGCAAGACUCUGUAACUUCCUGUCAUAGCCACUCCCAGAAUGUGCAUGACAACACCACAUCCAGCCUUCUCAUGCCCUCUCAAGGUGUUCUCUCCUGCCCGUGGCACCUGUACAGCUCAGUUGACCCCAACCCCAGCUGCUGCGACAAAUCGGACCUGUUCAGCACCCAGUUUUCUCCAGAGGAUGCAGACUGCGGGUUCAUGCCAAAGACUGCAAACGGGGAGAAGCAUGACGGCUUUCUUGAUAUAGAGCAGAGAGGUUUCCCCAGAAACACUCUGCCUCGCCAGCACGCCACCAUCAGCCGGCGGGGGACCAUUGGCCGGAACAGAAGUCUGCAGGAGGAUGGGCUGUUUGGCGCAGAUGCCACCGGUAACAUUCGGACUGGACCUUGGAAGAACGAAACCACAGUUUAGUGUUUUCUGCUCGCAGAGGUUCUUCCUGUGAUGACAGUUGAGUUUGGAUUUUCUGCCUUUUAUCUGUGCCCUAAAUAUUUCUGAGAUCUUACCUCCCACAUCAUGUUUGAUACUUUUUUCACCAAAAGGUGUUUUUCAAAGAACCUUCCAGGUAAUAGAGGUGGUUGCAUUUUAAUUUUUGACCUUGUUUUCAGUCACAAACAUAUCCUUGUUGAUUAUGUCUGUGACGCUGCACCUCUGAACUCUCGGCCAUCCUACCUGAUGCAUUUUGUCCGUGAACACACAAUCCAGUGUUAUCCAUGUAUUGGGUUGAAAGUGACGUGAAAGCAUGUGAACGAACCCAUGUGAGCAUGUGUGUUACUGUGUGCAACAGUGCAUGAGGAUGUUAAUCCACACGUGGUGUGUUGGUGCUCUCAGUGUUCCACAAUGAUUUUCCAUACAGACACUUGUGUAUGCUGCCAAAAAUGUCAAACUGCUGUAGUUUGACAAAUGUUGCACUAGAGUGUGUAGUGGAUAGUGACCCCCCCCCCAAGAGAAGUGCAAUGUGCUCUGAAGCACAAACUGGUGAGGCAAACGCUGCGCCAGCGUCCACUGUGAUAAGACUAGAGAAGUCUUUUAAAGUCCAACUCAGGUUUGUAGAGGAUAAUCAGCAGUUUUGUUAGUCAUGUCCAUUUCAUAAGCGAGAGGUCCAUCUUCCAUGUAAUGACAAAGGUGUUGACAGCAGACGUGGUAGUUUCUGGUAAGGCUGAUUUGCACUGGUCCAUCUGCAGUGCUUCUCUGUUGCAUUGCAUUGACACAAAAAAUGAUCAGUCAUAAUGUUUACAUUGUCUUACUCAAUUCUACUUUUGACCUCUAUUACUCCACAAGGCAACACAAGCUUUACGUAGGAGGUAUAUUUCCAGUCUGCGUCAGUUUCGUGGCAAAAAGCUGGAGAAAAUGUAAAACGAGUCCAGUUUCAAAAUAAAAACUCCCGUUGUACUUUCAAAAUAAAAAUUAAUAAAAUCUAGGGGAUGUUAUGUUCUGCAUGUGUUUGUUUGUUUUUUGUUUGUGCUGCUGAUUGUGGCUCUUCCCAGCUGAUCCACACCCUCACCUGAUCUCUGCGGAGGAGUGCACAGCUGUCUGCACUUAGCUAAUUUAGCUUGCUCCCUAUUUAAGUUGACUGCUUUCUGCAUUCAGUGUUGGUUGAUUUUGUUUGCACACCCUGUAUUUGCCAGUUCAGCUUGCUCCCUUGGUUUUGCUUUUUUCCUCCGGUGAAAUUUUUUGUUUAUUAAAUCAUUCGAUUAUUGACUAGUG